CCUCGGAUUAUGUGUGUCGGCGCUUCAAGCGCGAGUUAACGCCCCGCUUCGAUUCUAUUACAAACGUGCCGCUCUCGUGAAAUACCUUGAAUACCGAGAUGGGAUGUGGAUACUGUUCCAUCCUUUGGUACAGGGGCAAGAUCGAACAUGUUGUAUAUCGCACAACGUUUGUCUCUUUCUUAUCGACUUUUACUCUACUUUCGUUAUAGGCACCAUAAUUCCCUUCCAUUGUCAAUUAUCAAGUUUAGAGUACCAUUUAUCAGAAGUGUUACAGAGUCUCCUCCUUCGCUGUGUCGAUACAGUCCAUCCAUCUAUGAAAGCAGUAUGACAUCGUUAAAUUUCGAGGGUUAUUCUCCUCGCGUCGAGGCAGGGUCUAUAUUUGACCGUCUGUGCGACCUUGGGGAAGAGUUGAAUUUACCAAAACGUUACAAGGCACUGGCAAAGAACGUCAAGUUUACUUCUGAGAAGGAUACGAUUUACUUCCCGAUACCUUUCAAGGAGACCGAGACAACAUCUGCGUUAAAAGCUGUCGAGGCCCUUGUGGCAACAUCCCUGGCAAAUUUGAAGUAUGGUGAAAGCUCACGCAAGAUUGAGAUCAAUCUAGAGCAGACAACAUGUUUCCUCUUUCAGACAUAUCUCUCUACAAUCGACGGAUUAGGAAAAUACGAUGUAGGCAUCAAGGCAAAGCUGAAAGAUACCGACCUUUUCCAGGCACAAUCAGAUCCAUACCGCCGUAUGUCGGCAAAUCUCUAUGCUACCAAGACACCUGAGACUUACUUCCACAUUCAUGGUUCGCUCGAGGCAAAUACAACCCUCCAGAUGAUCGGUCUCCCUCCCUUCCGCCCAGACCUCAAGACCAUUGAAGACAUCUCUGAAUGCAUUGAGUCCCACGUUCAGCAAUUUACUAUUGAGGAGCUCGAGACCAAAAACAAAGAACUCCGUCAGGCUGGUGUUACAGCGCACAAGCACGAGGAUUUCAUUGCCACACCGCAUGGAAAGCUGAACAAUGAUCUUCCUCCAUGGUCUGUGGUACCGCUCGAGACCACUACACCGCCGAUACCCCUCUUCCAAGAUGCACCUGGGGCGAAGCCCAGAGUUCUCUCCGGUAUCAAAGUUCUCGAACUUUGCCGCAUUAUCGCCGGACCCGUCAUCACCCGUAUUCUCGCUGAAUACGGCGCUGACGUGCUGAAGGUCACUUCACCGAACCUCCCCGACGUGCCUUUCUUCCAAGUGGACGUCAAUUUUGGGAAGCAAUGUGCAAAUAUCGAUCUUAAGUCAGUCGAAGGUCGCAAAAUUUUCGACAAACUACUGCUAGAAGCCGAUGUUGUCGUGGACGGGUACCGACCAGGGGCUUUAGAGAAACUGGGGUAUGGCGCGAAGGCACUCACAGACUUGGCUUUGAAGAGGGGGAAGGGAUUUGUGUACGUGAAUGAGAAUUGCUUCGGGUAUGAGGGAGAAUGGGCCUAUCGCCCAGGAUGGCAGCAAAUUGCUGAUUGCGCUACCGGAAUUGCGUGGGCGCAAGGAAAGUUUAUGGGCCUUCAGGAACCUGUUAUUCCUCCUUUCCCUAUCUCUGAUUACGGUACGGGCGUCAUGGGCGCCAUCGCCGCGCUGACCGGCCUUUACCACCGUGCAGUUUCUGGAGGAUCAUGGCACGGUAGAGUCUCCCUGAUGCAUUACGAUUUACUCUUAUUCCGAGUGGGACAGUACAGCGAGGAAAUUCAAGCGCAGCUGCGAGCCCGGCAGACGGAGGACUUCUUCGAGCUAAGGCACAAUCACUCUGUGGACCAGAUUAGUGGAACGGUGGUCAAACAAAUGAGGAAACAGUACCCGUGGCUGUUUGAUCAAGAGAGGUAUCGGGAGAGGUGGGUUAGUAAGGGGUGGGAUGCAGAAGUGAGCGCGAUCAAACCAGUGGCGUCGAUUGAGGGACUGGAGUUGAGUUUCAAGAGAGCAAGUAGGCCCAAUGGUAGUGAUGAACCGGGAUGGGAGUUCUUGGAAGAAGAUACGCGGUUGCUGUGAAGCUGUUGAGGGGGAAAUACGUUUUAGAAUUUGGAGGACAUACAUACACCGAGGGAUGACAUUACGACACAAACAGUGAUCACUUUGAACGUCUCAUGAUCAUUUACUCUACCAUCCAUAUACAUACAGUGAUAAUUUCGUAACAUAUAUUAAGAGUCU